AUGGGCGCGGGCUGGAGCAGCGAGGAGGAGCGGCAGCCACCGCUGGGGCCCAGGCUCGGGCCUGCACCGGGGGCUGUCUGGAGAAGCCGGGAAGCGGCGGCGGCGGCGCUGCCCGCGGCGGCCCCGGGUCCCGGGCGGGUGUUCGGGCGCCGCUGGCUGGUGCAGCUGCUCUUCUCGCUGCUGGGCUUCGCGCAGGGCCUGGUCUGGAACACCUGGGGCCCCAUCCAGAACUCGGCGCGCCAGGCCUAUGGCUUCUCCAGCUGGGACAUCGCGCUGCUUGUGCUGUGGGGACCCAUCGGCUUCCUGCCCUGCUUCGCGUUCAUGUGGCUCCUGGACAAGAGAGGUCUUCGGGUAACUGUGCUUCUGACAUCCUUCCUUAUGGUUUUGGGAACAGGUCUAAGAUGCAUACCUGUAUCAGACUUAAUGCUUAAAAGAAGGUAA